UAAAAAAAUUCAAUCCCAAUUUUUAAAAAAAAUUUAAUGAUAUGAGGCGAGUUGAUCCAAAAUAGUAUUAGACAAUUGGAAACCAACCCAAUUACUUUGGUAGGAAAUGAGUAAGCGUCGAUCAAUUAGUUUGGACCGUUGAUUUGGUGGGAUCCCAACAUUCACAAACUCUGUACCUUAUCUCAGUAUUAUUUCAUCGACCAGAACAGGGAAACAGAAACGAAGAAGUAAAAAAAUGGCGUCUUUGGCGCAACAAUUCACAGGCCUAAGAUGUCCAACACUCUCCUCUUCUCGCCUUUCGGUGAAGCCAAACCAAACCCGGAAAAUGGGUGCUUUUGCUUCUCCGAUAGUUUCAGCUGUUGCUGUCUCAAAUCCACAAAGCAAGGACAGGCUUGAGUUGAAGAAGAUGUUCGAGGAAGCCUAUGAACGCUGUCGUACUGCUCCCAUGGAAGGCGUCUCAUUUACUCUUGAGGAUUUUCAAACUGCUCUUGAAAAAUAUGACUUUGAUUCUGAGCUUGGAACCACGGUAAAAGGAACAAUUUUCUGCAUAGAUGCCAAUGGGGCAUCGGUUGACAUUAGUGCAAAAUCUUCAGCUUAUCUACCGGUCCAAGAGGCCAGCAUUCACAGAAUUAAACAUGUAGAAGAAGCAGGCAUAGUUCCUGGUUUAACAGAGGAAUUUGUGAUUAUUGGUGAAAAUGUGGCUGAUGAUAGCUUAAUUUUGAGCUUAAGGGCCAUCCAGUAUGAGCUUGCCUGGGAAAGAUGCAGGCAGCUUCAAGCUGAGGAUGUUGUUGUGAAGGGUAAGGUUGUUGAUGGAAACAAUGGUGGAGUUGUGGCAUUGGUGGAGGGUCUUCUGGGUUUUGUUCCUUUCUCGCAGAUAUCUUCAGUUGGUUCUAUGAUCCCAACCAAAUCCACUGCAGAAGAGCUUUUAGAUAAGGAGCUCCCUUUGAAGUUUGUUGAGGUUGAUGAGGAACAGUCCAGGCUUGUCUUCAGUAACCGCAAGGCUGUGGCUGACAGCCAGGCACAGCUAGGAAUUGGAUCAGUUGUCCUUGGAACUGUUCAGAGCCUUAAACCAUUCGGUGCAUUCAUCGAUAUUGGUGGAAUUAAUGGCCUUCUUCAUGUCAGUCAAAUCAGUCAUGAUCGUGUUUUAGACAUUGCUACAGUUCUUCAACCUGGUGACACUCUGAAGGUCAUGAUAUUGAGCCAUGACCGUGAAAGAGGCCGAGUAAGUCUUUCUACAAAGAAAUUAGAGCCUACCCCCGGAGACAUGAUUCGCAAUCCUACUCUUGUUUUGAGAAGGCUGAAGAGAUGGCUCAGACAUUCAGGCAGAGAAUCGCUCAAGCAGAAGCUAUGGCUCGUGCAGACAUGCUUAGAUUCCAGCCUGAGAGUGGCUUAACGCUGAGCUCUGAUGGGAUAUUGGGUCCCCUUAUAACAGACUUGCCAGCCGAAGGUUUGGACCUGAGUGAUAUUCCUGAUGCAGAAGAUUCUUAAUUUAUUUGCAUAGCCCUUUAGCACCUCCAUUUGAAUUUGUUUUUCCAAUUUUUUUUACCGCACUCCGGUCCGUAAUUUUCACAUUAUUUACUUUGUAAAAUUGAUCCAAUUGCUUUCUGACAGCCAAAAUGAGUUAGAUGACGGGGCCUCACUGCAGUGCAAUAAAUAUAGGUUUGAACCUAUGUAACUUGCGUUAAUUCUAGUAACGAGGACCAACUUAAAGAAUAAGGGGCUCCACCACCCCCACCUUCCCAAUUCCAGCGCCAU